UGAAUUGUCAUCACAAAUCGGCUCCCUUAAGGAUGUCAUGGAUCAUAUUGUUUCAAAGACUGACAAAACAUUCAAAUUAGAGGUGAAGUAUAUCAAUGCAGUGAAAGGGCAUGGUCUAUUUGCAAAGGGUUCCAUUUGCAAAGGUGAAUUUGUUGUUGAAUAUAGGGGAGAUAUAAUAAAUGAUGCAGAGUUGCAGAGCAGAAGAAAACGUUACCACACAUCCAGUGCUGCAUUUAUGUUUGAGUUUAAGUGGAGAGGGAAAACAUGGAGUAUUGAUGCCUCUAGAGAAGAUGGAUCUUUUGGGCGGAUAGUUAAUGAUGACCACAAACAUCCAAACUGUGAGAUGAAGAAAAUUGAUGUGAAUGGAGAGAUACACCUUUGUUUGUUUGCCCUGAAUGACAUUAAAGAAGGAGAAGAAAUUACAUAUGAUUAUGGAGGAGAAGACUACCCAUGGAGAACACAAACGACCAGCAUUGCUGCUAAAACCAAGGCAGAAGGUGACUCUGAUCCUUCCCCCAGGUCACAGACUCCGUUCAAUGAUGCUACUGGUCAAAAUAACUCUCCUCAACAGAUUGUGACACCGCUCCGAAAUGAAAAUGAGAUUUUUGUACCAAGACUGAGACCGACUAAAAGUAUAAUAAUGAAAGACAAAGAUCUUGAAGAUUCUGUUGAACUUUUUGAUUCUACACCAGAGAGUUCAGAUGAUUACUUUAUGAAAGACAAAGAUCUCGAAGAUUCUGUUGAACUUUUUGAUUCUACACCAGAGAGUUCAGAUGAUUACUUUACAGAUACCACUUCUGAAAGUGACUUUGACAGUGAUGCUAAUCUUAUACCAAACCAGACAAAACUUCAGCUUCUUUAUGAUGAACUGGAUGUUGAUGAUUCUGGCUCACUGAGUUCUCUUGACUGUGACACAGCAACACCAGAAAAAAGGCACAGCCUUGCAUCUGAAGCAUCUGGAACAGAAGAACCAUGUUCAAGUCAGAAUGCAAUAGAUGGCAUAGUUGUUAGUGCGUACCAAAAAAGAGGUGUUAGUAGAGUGUACAACAAGAGACAUUACUGCUUGUAUUGCUGUAAGCCUUAUGCUAAGAUGGCAAGGCAUCUAGAAAGUUCACAUGUAAAUGAAUCCGAUGUGGCUAAAGCGCUAAGCUUUCCAAAGAGUUCCAAGGAGAGAAAAAAACAGCUAGAUUAUAUUCGCAACAGAGGAAACUAUGCUCACAAUGCUGCUGUUAUGGAAUCAGGAAAGGGGGAACUAGUGCCAUAUAAACGGCCAUCCAAAGAAGCGCAGGGAAAAGAUUUCAUGCAUUGUGCGUACUGUCAAGGACUUUUUGCAAGAAAGGUCCUGUGGCGACAUAUGCGCACUUGUAUACUUCAACCUCAAUCGGUCCCCCUCAAACCAGGAAAAAAACGUGUUCAGUCGAUGUGUAUAUACACAGGGCCUGUGCCUUCAAACAUGACUAAACAACUAUGGGAAGUAAUUAGUGUCAUGAAUCUUGACCCAAUCACAGAUAUAAUAAAAAAAGACAAAGUAAUUAUUGAUAUUGGUCAGCAUUUGUUAAACAUGGGUGGGCUAUCAGCCAAGAAUAAACGGUGUGUGCGAGACAAGAUGCGAGAAUUGGGAAGGUUGGUUCACAAUGCUAGGAGAGUCACCUCCUUAAAAACAAUGGAAGAUUGUGUGAAUCCAAAGAAGUACAUGGAGACUGUCAAAGCUGUCAAGUAUACAUGUGGGUAUGAAUCUGACAAGUUUAUGAUUCCAUCACUUGCAAAGAAGCUUGGGAAUUCUCUGCUUCAAGUAAGCAAACUCUUAAAAGCUCAGGGCUUAUUGUCAAAUGACAAACAGCGAGUGAAGAAUGCCAGUGAGUUUCAAGACGUCCAUCAGGAAAAGUGGAACGAAAUGAUCUUAGACACAGCAUUGAGGAAUAUUAGGGAAGCAAAGUGGAAUGUGCCCGCUCUCAUGCCCUUUACUGAAGAUGUCCAAAAAAUGCACACAUAUCUCUGUCAAGUGCAAGAUGAGUGGUACAAAUCACUCUCUGAAAGUUCCUCUACUAAAGCCUGGAUGGAGCUGGCAAAGGUCUGUCUAGCCCAGAUAAUUCUCUUUAACCGACGCAGGGGAGGAGAGGUGGCGAGCAUGCCAUUGUCUGUGUUUUUUUCAGGAGACACUUCUGAUCCACAUGACGGUGUGGACUGGGCACUGUCCGAAGUAGAAAAAAAACUCUGCAGACACUUCUCAAAGAUUAUCACCAUGGGAAAGUGUGGUCAACCAGUUCCAAUUCUUCUGACUCCAAAAAUGCUGUGUUCCUUGGAACUCCUUGUUAAGCAGAGAGAGCCUUGUGGGGUUCUAAAAGACAAUGGUUACAUGUUUGCAAGACCAGAAGCCAUGACACAUUUCCGAGGGUCAGACUGCCUCCGUGGCUUUGCAAAAGCAUGUGGUGCAAAGUGUCCCAAAUCACUGACAUCUACCAGACUGCGAAAGCAUGCUGCAAUCCUUUCAACAGUGCUGAAUAUGACCAAAACGGAGAUGGACCAGCUUGCAAACUUUCUUGGACAUGAUAUAAAAAUUUAUCGUGAAUUCUGCCGACUCCCUGAGAAGACCCUGCAACUCGCCAAGAUCUGCAAAGUUCUAAUGGCUCUCGAACAAGGAAGAUUAGCUGUGUUCCAUGGCAAGAACUUGGAUGAAAUUGUGAUAGAUCCUGAUGAAAAAGUUCUGGAAAGUGAUGAAGACAGGAUAAUACAAGAGGGACACUGUUCAUCUACUGUUUAUGGUCAAACAACCCAUAAGAAAAAUCCCUGGCAGCAGACAGAGGUGCAGGCUGUGGAAAGGCACAUGAUGCGAUUCAUCACAUCUUUUACUGUACCAGGAAAGAGUGACUGUGAGAAGUGUUUAAAGGCUGAACCAGGAGCUCUAAAGAACCGGGACUGGAAGAAUGUGAAAUUCUUCAUAUAUAACCGUAUUACAGCCUAUAAAAAGAGUUUGCAGUGCAAAUAAUAUGAAGAUUACCAACUCUCUGGUAUGGCAGUUUUCGUUUACAAUAGCCUUUUUUCUCUCUUCCAUUGAAUUUUGAGGUAGGUAUCCAAAGAGGUCAAAACUCCAGCAUAAAUAUAUACUGCCCUACAAAGGCAAAGUGCAGUAACUACGCAAACACUGAAACUGAGAAAAAUGCCUUUAAAGUUUUUACAUUAGCCAGUCAAACAUAUUGUGGGUAGAUUAGUGGCAAUGCAUUCAUUUACAGCCUUAGGAUGAAAUUUUUUAUAGAUAAAAACCAUGACCACUGAUGUGAGCUUUGACCACCAAAAUGCAGAUACUGCACUCUGCCUUUGGAUGACCUUAAACAACUACAACACUAUUGCAAAAGCAAAGUGCAGUACCUACAAACUAAAUCUGAUACAAAACUAGUUCAUCCAGCUUUCUUGUUGUGUUUCUUGCUACAUGUUGAUUGUUUUUAAUAACUUUAAUAGUUUUAUUGAUGUUUGCAUGUUGUGAAUGUUAAAAUUACUCGGUAGUAAGCCUCAAGAUCGUCUUAUCGCAAUGCCCCUUUCACCACAAAGAGUGUUUUGCUCUUUUUUUUUUAAUUUAAAGUAAUUAAUUACAGACCAAGUAGUUAAAACAGUAGUAAAAAUUCACACAAUUUAAACUUUUCCUAACAAUAUAACUAGGGAUGUCAUAAAGGAAAAUAAGGGUUAAUUGUGAUUCUUUAUAGGAAAAUAAGGGACAGAAUAAGGGAUGCUCAAAAUAUUUGUACUGUACCACAUCCUGUGCAUCAUUUCCAUGUCUGCAGUUAAGUAUAUAAAAGGUGUAUAAAAGGUUCUCAGAAAAAAUCUCAUUUGUUUGCUCAGCGAAUUUAUGUACAAUUAUUCUAAAAGGAAUUUUACACCCAAACCACUGGCCUGUGAAAUUGUGAAAGAAGUCAUCCCUCAGGUAGAUUGUAUGUUUUCUUGCCUAGCUGCGUAGGCGUGCCCAAUGGCAGGUAAGGGGACGCCCCUUAACCGAGCGUAUAUAGCCCCUGCACGCGCUACCUUUCCUCAGUGAGCAUAUUCGCUUCUCGUGCAGCAAGCGGGGCAAACUUGGUGGAUCUCUCCACUCGAUGUUUCAGAGAACCGGGGUUACGAACAGUAACCUAUUGUUCUCUUUCAUCAUCUCGUGUUCGAGAUCCACCUAUGGGAGAUAUGGACAACUCCCCAGUUGUCCAGUACACUCACAGUGAGGCCCUGUAAGCCAAAGAACGGUCACCUGGCAAGGCGGUGCUUGACACGUCACCAAAUAUCUGACCCCACACAAAGGGAGAAUGCAAUACCGGCCAUGUAAGAAAUGACAUGUGGUAACAUGCAUACUAGAUCUGACAACAACAUAAUGCCAAGGCAUAUAUUAUAGAAAUAUACAUAUGUAUAUAUUGACAUAUACAUACAUAUAAAAAUAUAAUAAUGUGUCAGGGGAGGGUACAGAUGACCUGCUUACUGAGAUGAAUGAGCCGGGCUGGACAACCCAGGCUUAAAAAGGUGUAAAGGGUCUAGGGGCACAAGGCUACAAAGAGCCCACACCUAAAACCGAGUAAGCUACCGGGGUGCAGGUAACAUCAAGCCGGUAGUAUUUGACAAAUGUGUGUAGAGAGGCCCAGCUUGCAGCGGCACAAAUGUCCUGCAAGGAAACCCCUUUAAACGGAGCUCGCAAGGCUACUAUGUCCCUAGUGAAUUACGCUCUGAGGCCCACAUGGCUGCACUCCAUUUGAUUCAUAUGCCAGAGAGAUGGCUUCCACGAGCCAAUGAGAGAGGCAUUACUUAGAAAUGGAUUUUCCCCAUGUUCAGGGGGCCCAUUAGUUGAAGAGCUGAUCACUCCUGAAAGGGCUGGUCCCCGCACAACGGGACCUAAAGCAUUUAGCCUCUGAUCCUCCGCAGAGGAGGGUGAAAAGCAGAAGCUCAAACACUUUACACGUGAAAGCUGGGAAGCACUCUGGCGUAAAGGCCGGGUUAGGCCUUAGUUACUGCAAGAAAAUUAGUGCACGAGGGAUGAACAGAGAGCCCAUGCAAAUCACUGACAUGUUUGGCGGAAGCCAAGGCCAGGAGCAGAGCUGUCUUAGUCAGCUGCUUACAGGAGAUAUCUCCCUAAUUCGUUUAAAAUAUAAAGAUACUACUACUAAUAAUAAUUUCCAAUCAGUAGCCCAUGUACAAUGAAGCUAAUAGUAGGGCACUCUUAAACUGGAAUUUAUUAUGUGUGUAUUCAGUUGUGCUUAAAGCAAUUAUGGUAUUUUCAUGGAGUGUAGCAGCAGUAUCAUAGAAUUCAGAUUGCGUUAUUAUCGAAUUGUUAAUAGCAGUAUGCAUAGCAAAUCAAAUUAUGCGUUUAGUUGUGGUAGCAGUAGGUAGACCGUAGUUUAUAUUUACAUUUAUUCAUUUUGCAGAUGCUUUUAUCCAAAGGGACUUACGAUUGCUGAAGUUUCAGUGACCAAAAAUUAAUGGUAUGUGAACUCAAGCAAAUAGGCAUCAUUUGUGUUCGUUUAUUUAAAAGGGGCUUAUAGCAAUUCUAAGUAUCUUUGUGCAGCUGUAGCAGCAGUAUGCAUAGUCAUUCAGAUCGCAGGUAGCGAAUUUAAUAGCAGCAGCGUGCAUAGCAAAUUCAUAUGCAAUGUUAGAAAUAAUAUUAGCAGCAGGAAGUCAAAUUAUUGUUGCUAAUAUAGCAGCGGCAGCAGAAAGUACUUCAGUUGCUUGAAGUUUCAGUGAUAACG